AUGUCCUCAGCAGUGAGUAAAUUGAACUUGGACUUGGAUCAAAUCGUGCAGUGGUGUAAAGCAAACAAUCUCGUUCUUAAUUCUAGUAAAUCAAAGCUGAUGCUGUUUGGUCCUGAUAAACUGAGCGUCAGGAUAUGCCUCAAGCAGAUGCUGCUGCUGCUCCCAGUGCGACCCACUCAGAGACUGCCAGCCAGCCAGCCAGUUUUGGUCGAAGAUCUGGCACAAAAUAUACCUACAGUGCAAGCACCACGACCUACCCCGGCUCAACAGUCUAUGAACGAAUUCGUACAUAGCAUGAGGCCGCUGGGACCCCGUCGCGCUGAGAAAAUAGAUGAACAGCUGAUUAAAAUGGUCGCUAAAGGUCAUCAUCCAUUUUCGUUGGUUGAAGAACAGGAAUUUAAAACAUUUGUGUCGAUGCUGUGUCCUGGGUACUCGCUGCCUACCCGCAAAACUCUCUCAGAGAGUCUUUUACCAAAAAUGUACAAAAGAGAAAUGGAUAAGGCUAAAGCAAAAGUAGAGGCCGGGCAGGCUAUUUGCCUAACCACAGACGGAUGGAUGUCGGACAACAACGAGAGUUUCAUUGCUGUCACGGCUCACUAUAUAGGAGCUGACACAAAAUUAGAGUCUACAAUGCUCGGCUGUGUAGAGUAUGCAGAACGCCACACUGCAGCAAAUUUGGCCCAAUUUUUGAAAGACAUAACACGGGAAUGGAACUUUGAAAAUAAAAUCACGGCAGUGGCUAGUGACAACGCAGCUAAUAUCACCGCAGCUAUAAAAGCAGCAGAUUGGGCGCCAAAUACCGUGCUUCGCUCACACAUUAAAUUUUUGCGUUCAAAAUGCACUGGCCGCAAUGGCAGAGAGACAACCGCUAGAGUGAAACAAAUUGUGGAGUAUUUCAAACGAAGUUCACAAGCCCUAGCUAAGCUCAAAGAGAUUCAAAAGCAGUUAGAUGUGCCUUUACUUAAAUUAAAACAAGACGACUCGCUGGAACUCCACCUAUGA